AGGGGAUGGAGGGGAUCAUUUUUUCGUUCACUGUUUUCGUCAGUCUAGCAAAUACAGCAUGGGCCACCAACUUACCCCCUGCCUUUUCACUCGACAUGAACAAUCUGGUAUUAUCCGAACGAACCCUUGUGGGAACCGUCGUUUACAAACUGGAAGGUACUGAUCCGGAGGAGAGUCCAGUCCAUUAUGGCCUUCAUGGUACCGACAGGCUCAAGGUCAAUAGGGAUACCGGGGAUGUUACCGUUGUCAAACCGUUAGACAGAGAGGUAAACGAUACCCUCAAAUUUUUUGUAACGAUAGAAGACGAAGUAAAAGAUGCACCCCUCGGUGGUAAUAAUGUAGUGGAAGUACCUGUUACCGUUAUCAUCCUGGAUGAAAAUGAUAACGCUCCUGUUUUUGAAGGUACUCCUUACGAUAUACAAGUGGACGAAGAUGCUCUUAUAGGAGCCACAAUUUUUUCGAACAUACGAGCAUCGGAUGCCGAUUCGGUUGGUAAUUCUUUGGAAAUGGUUUGCGUAGAUUUACCAGAUUAUCCGGACGCAUGUCAGAAGUUCGAGGUCGUUACUUUCGAGUCGUCCCAAAACGCAUUCCUCGGAGGAAUCGUUUUGAAACAGAAACUAAACUACAGCGAAAGUCAGGAGUACGUCUUUCUUUUGGAAGCAACGGACGGUGAAUUAACGAAUACAACAAAAGUUAGCAUAAAAAUAGGAGACGUCCAAGACACCCCACCUUAUUUUGUCGGUCCAUUGGGGGCAGUCAUAGGCGAAGAUGCCCCCAUAAACUCCCUUGUUCUCACCAUACAUGCUGAAGACGGUGACAGGGGAUUACCCCGAAAAAUCGCUUACGAAUUAGUUGACAAUCCUUACGACUUUUUCUCAAUUGAUUCUUCGUCUGGGGAGAUUCGAACAGCUAAGCCGUUAGACAGAGAAGUUCUUCUCAGUCCUGAUAACACCUUAACCCUUAACGUCAAGGCAAGAGAACUUGUUAACGGGGUAAAAAGCGACGAUCCCUUAACCAUUUCGGAAGCAACAGUUACGAUUAAAAUAACAGAUGUUAAUGAUGAACCACCUAUUUUCAAUCAGAGGGAGUAUCACGUGGAAAUACCCGAAGAUAUACCCAGCAAUGUUUCUCUACCUAAUUUGAACAUCACUGUUACGGAUCCAGAUGAGGGUUUGAAUGCGAUAUUUUCUUUAUCUCUACAAGACAUUUCCGGAGCUUUCGCCAUCCAACCUUCCGUGGUAAACGGAUCUUCGCAAGUCAAAAUAUACACAGCCAACAGUUCAUUGGACUAUGAAGAUCCGAACCAAAGGAAAUUUAUCAUUUUAAUUGUCGCUAAGGAACUGUAUACCGAUCCUCUUUUAUCAUCUACGGCUACGGUGAAGAUAUCAGUUACAGACGCGAACGACAAUGCUCCUGAGUUUCCUCAAGAAGCUUACGUUGCCCAGGUUUCGGAAAUGGCAACCGGAGGAACCCUAGUAACAAGUAUCGUAGCCAAAGACAGAGACAGCGGAAGGUUUGGCGAAAAUGGUUUGGUCUAUCAACUGGUUGGUAAUGGGGCCGAAAAAUUUGAAGUCAAUAACAGAACUGGAACUGUAACUGUGGCAACCUGUGAGGCACCCGGUCAACCAGAAUGUUUGGAUUAUGAAACCAAGCCCGAAUAUUCCCUAUCAUUCAAGGCCACCGAUGACGAUGGCAAAGGUCAAACAACGAUUGUACCUUUGAAAAUAAUAUUAACCGAUAGCAACGACAAUCCUCCCAGAUUUUCCCAAUCCAUUUACCACAUUUUCGUAGAUGAAGGUGCGGUAAAAUUUAAUCCAGACGUGGUUAUAGAAGCCACCGACAUCGACAAAAUUUCGCACAUUUCCUACUCGAUUAUUGCUGGAAACAACAACAACCUCUUCUCUAUUGAUCCAAAUACGGGCAAAAUUAGAAUCGCAAACAGCAAAGGUCUCAGCCUUAAAUCUGGAAAUGACGAGGAUAAUAAUAUUGUACUAAAUGUCGAGGCCAGUGAUGGAAAAUAUACAGCCACGACUCAAGUUUCGAUCACUGUGAAAGAUAUCAAUGACAAUCCUCCAAUAUUCACUAAAGAAAGUUAUAUGAAAGCAAUUCCAGAAGAUCUUCCAGUUGCUUCAACGAUUCUGGAAGUACAAGCUGUUGACGCUGACAUGGGAGACAACGCAAAAAUCGAAUACGAAAUCCUAAAGGGUUCAUUUAAUGACUUCGAAAUCGACAGUGAAACGGGUGAAAUAAUCUUAGUCAACGAUUUAGACUAUGAUAGAAGAAACACUUAUAAUAUUGAAGUCAUCGCCAUGGAUCAUGGAACGCCCAGUCUAAACGCAACCGCUAGGAUCAUCCUCAAUGUUCUCAACGUUAAUGAUAAGUCUCCAUAUUUUGUUCCAGUCACUCAAAAAGCCAGUAUUAUGGAGGACGCUCCCGUAGGAACCAUCGUUCAUACGUUAGUAGCUUUGGAUCCUGACGUUAAUUCUUCGGAAGCCCUAAACUUUGCAGUCACCGAACCCAUUACAGCACUUGACAAAUAUGGCCAGGAGGUAACAAACGAUUUGUUCAAGGAUUUUUUCUCAGUGGACAAGACCACAGGCAAAGUCACCGUCUUAAAUCCACUAGAAAGAGAUGUAGCAGCAGUGAUAAGAAUCCCCGUUUUGGUGACAGAUAUUACAGCACCUUCUGUUCAACAAGGAGAAGGUUUGUUAAUAAUCAAUAUUAUUGACGUGAACGAUCAUGCUCCGCAGUUUCUUCCCCCAUGGACAAUUGAUAAUCCAGUUUACGAACUAGAAGUGAAAGAAGAGCUUCCGGUUGGUACAAUUGUUGCCACUUACACAGCAAUAGAUGAAGAUUCGGAAAUCGCUGGUUACAUCAUUAUCCCUCCUAGCGAAUAUUUUGAAAUUAAUAAUGGCACAGGUAUUGUGCAAAUUAAGAAGCAAAUCGAUUACGAGAAACUUAGAGAAUUAAACUUUACGGUUGUCGUAUUCGACUUGGGAAUUCCCCAACUAAAUACUUCGGCGUUGGUUAAGGUGCACGUCAUCAACGUUAACGACAACGAUCCCACAUUUUCCCAGAAGACUUACAACGUGAAGAUUCCGGAAAAUUCUCCCAACGGCACGCACGUACUUACCGUUCUCGCGACAGACGCUGACGCUGGAGAGUAUGGAAUUGUAACGUACAGUUUAACUGGAGAACACAAGGAGCAUUUCAAUAUAGAUUCCGAAACAGGCGAAAUCACAGUAGCGAAUUCAAAUUACCUCGAUCACGAGAUCAUCAACGAAACUGUGAUACAAGUAGUUGCCAGUGAUAGAGCGCCCGGUAAUUUGAAACGCUCUGUAUCCGUGCCAAUUAAUAUAGAGAUAACAGACGUCAAUGACAAUGCCCCCAAGUUUAACCAGAGUGUUUACAAUGCUACAGUAAUGGAGAACGCAAGGCUGAAUCCACCCGUUCCAAUACUCCAGGUUUUUGCCACCGAUCUAGAUGAAGGGAAUAAUGGGAAUGUGGCAUAUAGGAUACUAUCCGGAAAUGAUAAUGGUACUUUUCUUCUGGGAAUCGACACCGGCAUUUUGUACCCUCACAAAAGCUUAGUAGAUCAACCCCACAAUCACCAACUCAUUGUAGAAGCCCGGGAUGGAGAAGGAAAUGGUGAACUAUCUGAUAGAGCAAUUAUCAACAUCCAGGUGGUUAAUGUCAACGAACAUAAACCUCGGUUUGUAAUGCCAACAAUACCCAACGCUACUGUCGAAAUUAUUGAGAACGAUGCCUCCGAAGGUUAUUUGGUAAUGACACUAAAAGCGAUCGAUAAAGACGUAGGUAAAAACGGUAAAGUCACCUAUCACAUCAAAGUGAAUGGUAGUUUAGUCUCGGAGACUGAAGAUUUCAUAUUAAACAAAGAAACGGGGGAAUUGAAAAUGAAACGUGCUUUGGACAGAGAAACCAAAUCGAAAUACGAGCUUGUGCUGGUAGCUAAGGACCAUGGGUUCCCUCUCUGGCAUGAAACAGAGGAACACCUAAAAAUAAUUUUAGUAGACAUGAACGAUAACCGACCCGAAUUCCCUGACACCAUAACCGCAAAUCCAUACAGGUUUUCUAUCGUUGAAAAUUCAGAAAAAGAACAAAAAAUCGGUCAAGUAAGGGCAUUAGACAGGGAUGAAGGACGCCAUGCGAAAGUUUUCUACUAUUUAAUUUGCGGUUCUGAAGACGACUCAUUCAAAGUGGGCAAAUUGGACGGUAGUAUUUUUACCAACAAAGUGUUCGAUCGUGAAGAAAAGAGCGAAUAUAAUUUAUGCAUCCUGGCAACUAAUGAACCCGACUUUUAUAUAUCUCCCGAAGAGAAAAACAAACUUCUCCAAACGGACAUCGCUCACAAUAGCAGUUUUGCUAAGGUUCAUAUAACUAUCGUCGACCUGAACGAUAACGAACCAAAAUUCAAAAAGUCAACGUAUUACGCAUCGGUCAGUGCGAUGGCUCCAGUGAACAAGUUCCUCGUCAACGUUACUGCCACUGAUCCCGACGAAGGAGUUAAUGGUACUCUUAUUUAUUACGUCAAAGCAUCGAACCUUUACAAAUAUGGAUCGACGAAAAGCUCUGGAUCGAUCAUACCAUCACCGUUUAAUAUUACCCAAAAGGGUGAAUUAACCACUGCCACCUAUUUGGCCGAAAACAAUCAGCACAGAUUCGUGGUAGAUGUUGUUGCUAAAGAGGUGGCACUUCCAGAAAGAGAGGCGAUUGCCAAAGUUAAUGUGUGGAUUUUUGAACCUCAACAACUUAUCCGUGUAAUACUCUCGAGACCUGUUGGAGAAGUUUUACAAGAACAGGAAGAAAUAAUUGAAGAAUUAAGUAACGCCACUCAGAGUUUGAUUGUUCUCAACGAAAUCCGGUACCAUACAGAAUUAAACGGAAAGAAAAAUGAAAAUUGGAGCGAUAUGUACAUUCUUGCGGUGAAUCCUUCAACAUACACUGUUCUUCCCGUUCCGGAGGUUCUAAAGGUUAUAGACGCUAAAUACGACUACCUUCGGGAUUACUACGCCGGCUACGCGAUCGAAAACGUGUUGCCUGCGUUCAUAAUGGAAAAAGAGGAACUAUUUGAUCCCGCUCUAGCAGCCCUAAUAGCGCUACUAAUAGUCCUUUUUGUGGGCAUUAUCACAUUCAUAGUUGUGUGCUGUUGUCUGAGGCGAUGGAUGAUUACACCCAAUAAACUAAAGAAAAAAGAUGCACUCAUCAAGAAAGCAAUUAUAGACGAUUUGAACACCACCGAAAAUCCGCUUUGGAUCGAACAGAAACUGAAAAUUUAUGAGGAGCAAGAACUGACAAUGCAAGUAUUCAAUGAGCCUGAGCACAACGGUUUGGAAAGGAAUGGGGGUGAAAUGAUCCAAGAGGACAAUACUUACGCAACUAUUCAACACCCUCACAGAAGAGGGUCUUCGCACAUAGCAAGUAUGUCGAUCGCCGACGAAACGGCAGACUACGCCACCCUAUCCAGAGUACCCGUAACGUCAAAUAGUCCGCAUAGUACAAUUAGGGGAACCCCAAACUACUACGAAGCUGCAAUGGGCUUCCAAGGGUCGACGUUCCAGGUACCUGACCCAAUAGGGGGCUACAUAGAAGUUCCAGAAGAUCACAACCAAACGUCUUCCCGAUCAAAUGAUAAUCACCAUAAAUUAGUUGCAGAACUUAUUUGACGCUUUACGAAGUCAAAAAGUUAUUUCUAUUUUAAGUAAAAUCGUUACACUGGGCCGUGCACCCUCGUUAAAAUAAAAAAUAUUUUAUUUAUAACAAGCGAAAUUGUAAACCCAUAAAAGCCAUUAUCAAAAAUUGUAAAAUAAAUUAUGAAAUUUAGACGAUAAGAAAUUAAAAGAAUUUGUUUAUAUGGAAAGUU